AUGUCGAUGCAGGCCCACGUCUACGAGCUGGGCCUCCGGCAGGGCCAGUGCUCCGACGUCAAGAUUGGCGCGUUUGGCCGAGUGUACAGCCUGCAUCGGCUGUUCCUCAUUCAGUCGGGCUUCUUCCGAGCCAUGCUCUGCGGCGGGUAUGCCGAAGACGUGGCUGCCUCGGCCGCGGCCUCUUCGAUGGGCAAGACUACGGCCAACAGCCACCUCAGGACAGCGAGCAACCUCUCGCGCAGCGGCAGCACCGAAAACGCCGAUAUUCUCAACCUCUGCUUUGAUGACCCCAACAUCAGCCGCUCCGCCUUCGAGUACUGCGUCGCCCAUCUCUACGGGGGCGGACCGGAGCUCGUGCUGCCCUACUGGGCCAAUCCCUGCAGCGAACACCCGCUCUCGCCCGCCUACACGAUCGAGUUUGGCAAGUCGCAGGCCGUCGGUCACCUCGAAAACGAGACCAUCGGCCCGGAUUCUCAUCCUGCUACGCCCCGCUUUCUCCUCUCGCUCCUCGCCACGUCGCUCUACCUCAACAUCCCCAGCAUCACCUCCCAGGCCCUCACGCUCGUACUCUGCUCGCUCACCCCCUACACAAUCUCGCACUACCUGCGCUUUGCCAUCGGCAGGGGCAUUGAGGGCGCCGUGGCAUCCUCGGAGCUAGAGACGGCCACCGCCGACAGCGAUGGCGACGGCGACAGCGACGAUUCGGGCACAGAAUGGGACUGGGAGCUGCAGGGUCCCAUCAGGACGCUCGAGGACCUCGGAAAACCUCUGCCACCGCCGUCGAGGAACGAGACGAGCCCACGCCUUGAAGAGAAGCAAGGCUCCAAGGGCACGCCGUCGUUCGACGACAAGCUUCCAGGCUCGACGAUGCUGCAGGAGGCUGAGUUGUCUCAGCGGGCCAGCGAGCUGUCCCUCAACGGGUCUGAUGAGAGGAUCGGUUCAAGCUCGUCGAAUCUCAAGCGGUAUCGCGAGUCGUUCGGAGGCGAAGUCACCGCAGACGGCUUCUCCCAAGCAGGGCUGGCAGGCUCCGGACGACUGUCGUCUGUACAGCAACGCGGAAGCUCGGCGGAGAUGCAGUCGGAUACCGCAAAUCCGGCCGAACCUCAUCCGAGGAGAUCUGGCAAGGACAAAGCAACGAAGGAUGAUUCGACGAGCGACAGGGAAGUCGCCGAUCAGGUCCGGUCACAGGAGCUGCAGGACCGCAUCAACGCCGCCCGGGAUGAGGGCGACCUCAGCAAGCUCUCUAUUCACGCCGGCCGCAUCCUGAGCGGCGAUGUCGACUUGCUCGCUCCUGCACUGCUGCCCAAGGGCGAGAUGCCCGACCCGGAGUCGCCGCUAUCAAUCCCUUACGUGCGGGCCUGGUCGUACCCUUCGAUGCCGAGCACCUGGGUCAGGGCAUUGAUCUCAUCGGACAGCUUCUUCGUCCGGUCUGAGUGGGACCGCUACCAAUUUGCCAAGCGGGUCGUCGAGAUGCGUCGUGCCCAAAAGGAGAGGCUCUCGGCCAUCGACGCCUACCUAUGGGGACAUUUGGGCGAGGACGACGACGACGGCCUAGGUGAUGUUGACGACACUGCAUCUGAGGCCAGCACAGCCGAUGGCGCUUCGCGGUCCCCGACCUCGCCACCGCCAUCCGACUUCCGCGGCUUCGGAUUCGCACCGCAGCCGCGCAGCGGCAGCAACAUCGGCCGUCACAGCCGCGAUGACGAACACGAACCGAGCACGGCCACGAAGGGUCGACGGACGCCCACUUCCGCAGGUGCUGGUACCGGUAAUGAUCAGAACGACGGGGCCAGAGACGAGGACAGCCAAGACGAGGUGGACGACGAGCACGAGUACACGCAGCUGUUCGCUAGCGGCAUCUACUAUACUCACAUGUCGUUCAGAGAGCUCAACAAGAUCAGCUGCGACCUUUCUCCCUCCACCGGACGGCCGUACACGCCCUUGUCGGUGCUACAGGCCGCCUUGUGGGCCGGCUCGGAGCUGAGGAACCACGUCUUGUCCUGCAGCCGAGGUUCUCGCGCGCCAUCGCUGCCAACGCUCGACGAUGAAAACGAUGCCGGGCUUGAGGGCAGCUGGGCCGUCAACACGUCCCUCGAAGGCAACAACAGCGUGCAACUGCCGCCGUCGGCCGAGGGCAAUGUUGAACUGGGCGUGUCGAGCGUGCUCAACGACUUUGUACAAGCCUGCGACGCCGACAGCGGUGGCGGAGGCAGCAACAGGCGCAAGCGCGAGUCUACCCCUCUGCUGCAGGGAGACUUCCUCGGGCCGGAUGCUAGCAUGUCGACGCAGUCGCUGGGAGGUCGCGGUGCAUCGCCGCUCCUCACGGGGUCCGCGGGAGGUUCGAGCGCUCUGCUAUCCAAGAGGUACUUCCUGGUCCCUUCUGACGACACCACCCGGCUCGGCGACGGCCUCUUGGACGUCUGCGGUCCGACGCAGGCAGCGGCAGGAUCAUCCACGAUCGACGGACGACCGUCCCACUUGGCGUCUGACCCGCACAGCACCAUACGGCCCCCGUCGCCGAGCACCUCCGCCUCACUCUAUCAGGGUCUCGGCGCGACGGGAAACGCCGCCAUGCAGCUGCCCAACACUGUGCCUCUACCGGCUCCCCUGACGCUUCGCGAAGCUAUGGCGCCGGGCAAACCAAAGAGGGACCGUCUCCAUUUCUUUGGCAUCGCCAACGCCGUCGCGACCGGCCGCGAGCUUGGCGAGAAGGGAAAACGUCCCUCUGCCGAGGUCCGUAGGCCGACCCGAAGCCAUCUGUCCCGACUGCAACGCAACGAGCGCGGCGAAACUCCUCUGCUGCGACAGUUCGGCAGCCUACCGGCGGAUGGAGACGACGCAUCGGGCAUGGACCGCCCGCACCACGACGACGACGAGCUGCUGGAUGACGCCGAGGGCGCAGCUUCCAUGCCUAUCCCCGCACAUAUCGAGAGAUGGACUGGCUACGAACCGUUGCGACUGGGAGUCGAGUUCUUCGGCGUCGACCUCUUGCCCGAGAAGCAGCGCCUCUACUCGCCCAGCUUUUUCUACGCCGGCUCGAUCUGGAACCUCUACGUACAGGCCAUCAAGAAGGCUAAGGGCAUCCAGCUUGGCAUCUACCUGCAUCGACACAACCCUACAGAGUCCCUGCCGCCGCCGUCCGCACCCAUGCCGUUCCCGAUGUCACCGACCUCUUCGCCAACGACGGCGGCUGGCCAACCGCAUGACUCUACAAACGCAUCUGCAGCUGCGCCCGCCACCGCUACCGCUGGCGCCGACUUCGCAGAGGCUGAGUCGCCCUCACGGAUUGCACGACGGUCGCUCUUGCCUACCCAUCGACUGCAGCCCGGCGCCGGCAACACGGGUACCGACACUUCCAGCUCCCUUGGCAGGUCCAGCCCGCGGCAGCAUGACAACCUGCCUAGGUCAAGCAGUAUCGCAACAGUGUCGGCGUCGCUGGGCGGCGGCAGCGGCGAAACGAGCCGCAACUCAACGCAGUUCGACACGACACCUCAACGUCGAGACGCCACUCGCAGCUUCUUAGAUCCGGGCACCACGUCGACCCCUCACCGUACGGGCGGCAUUAGCCUGCACAACACGCCGAUCGGCACCGAGAUGGGCUCGACAUUGACGCUGCCGGGCGGCAGUGCCCUGACCAGCUUCGGCUUUGGCAGCGCGGCCCGCGCUUCGGCCUCGACCCCCGACAACCUGGGCGGCGCAGCACACGCAUCGACAUCGGCAGCGGGCGGAUCGUCGCGUCCUACAAGCAGCAUGCACCGCCCCUCGACGUCGUCGCCGUCGUCGAGCCCGCACCCGGCAGGCGCCGGUCCGGGCGUACACGGCAACGUCCCCGUUGUUCCGCUGUUUGACGGCGGUCCGGCCGUGUACGAGGUGUGCCCGACGCCGUCGAUCGCCUACCGCGAUCCGCGCCGCAUGCUGCGCGCCUACUUUUCGAUCCACUGUCCCUCGCCGUUUGGCAAUGCGCUGACGCGCUUCAGCUCGGCGCCCGACUACUUCUCCCUCAGCCAGAGCUGGGGCUGGAAGAGCAGCAACCUGCUCGGCGUCGCCUAUCUCGAGGGUGGCAAGCUGGGCCAGGGGCGGAGCGAGAGCUGGGGCACCUUCCGGUGCUCCUGCACUGUCGGUGUCGUCUAG